ACGUAAAGAGAAAAGUGCUGUGUAAAAAUCCGUAAGCGUUUUCAGUAUUUUGAUGCUGGACUUAUUGAUAAAAUUAUUUUCAACCUAGAAUAUGUCCUCAUAUUAGGGAGAGAGGAGGAAGGGCAAGCACAACAAACGUAACAGAUAAAUCUAAUAAAGCUGUUACACCUAGCAAAAAGGUUGAAUAUCAAGGAAAAGAAAUAAUGCAAGUUGUGGAAGAACUUAUGGAACAAACUUCAGUUUUGAAGAACAGAUUACUUAAUAUGAUAAACUUCUUUGAAACAACCAUAGGAGCCUGCGCGAGUAUGCUGGAAAUUUCGACUGAAUUCCAGCAUUCAGUAUGUUCAUGCGCAUCAAGUCAAAGAACAACGGAGCAGCAACUAUCAAGAACAACUGCUGGCGACGAAACUAGCUCCUGGCAUACAAAUUACAGUAAGACAGUCGCUGGUUCAAAUGACAAUGGUAAUGAGGAGCAAAUCGACCCAGGCGGCCAAAUGGCAGCUACACUUUCGACGAUAUCUGCCAAUAGUAGUUUGAAGCAAAGGCACCUCCCUCCCAUCCCAUUUGACAAAGCGACUCAAAAAGUUAGUCGAUCGCGGUUAAGUUUACAAAAUCAAACUAAGAGUCGAAAAGAGGUUUCGCCAGAAAGAUCGGGAAUAAACCCAUUUUCUUCAUUGCGUUCCAUUGAUCAAACUGGUUCAGAAAGCGCUGAGCCAGGAAGAAUACAAACUCGUAAAUAUCAGGAAAAUUCUCCACAAAACUCCAAAACGAUGCAAAAUUCGUCCUUCUCUGGAGAGCGGUCUAGGUCUGAGGCAGCUUCACAAUUAUCCAACAAGAGUCUACGAGGCAGCCAGACGUCGAGGCAUACGUUAACAGGAAUAGAGCUUCGAAAUGCUGCGCUACAAGGCAGUGAUAUCGUAAGCGAAAGGUCUACUACACGUGAAGAUAAAAGCCUGGCGGGAUUGACAACAUAUGAGAAGCAAAGAUCACACAUAUCUAAUAAAACCCAGCAAACCGAACACCUUCCACCAAUUCCAGAGAACACAAAAACCGUACCUCCAUGCCUAUGUGCGGAAUGUUCCUUGGAGAGGCAAAUGAAUCAAAUUGUCAAGCACACAUCUUGUUCUAGUGCACCAACCUCCCCAACCAACGAACACCAAAGAAACGGUGUUUUAGGUAAACGAACUUCAUCUGACCUGGACCACCAAGAAGCUGGGAUGGAUUUGGAUAAUGGCCUCACAACAUCAUCUCGAUCGAAAAGUCAGUUGAAAAGUUAUUACUCAAAUCGAGAAAGUUUGAGCCGAAUCGAUACGAAGAGAUCAGGUUCACAAUCUAAAAUUAGUGGACCUAGUCAAGGUAAUAAGAGAUCAACCAGAAGUCACAGCAAUGAUUCAAAAGUAUCCCUGCAUCAAUAUUCCCCUUUCUCAGUUCAAGAGGCGAAGUUGAACGACAAGUCAUCGAAGACAGAUUAUACAGCCGAUUCUGUGUCCUUCAGGUCAAAAAGUGGAGCCACUACCAUUGAAGAUGCGACAUCGGAUGCAUCCAGUAACGCUGACCUCACAAAAAAGGUUCGACAGGUUCAGAAAGAAAUCCAAGAGCUGCGAGAAAAGAUGUCUUUAGUGCAAGGUUGCUGUUGUGCAUGCCACUAUGUAGACCAUGAAAAUGUUUUUGCACAGAGCAUGUCCGCUCAGCUGUUAGGAAAGGCUAAUCAGAUCAAAGGUCUGCUAAAUGACCUUAAAUCAGUUUGCUAUCAGCAGGUCAGCUUAUCGGGCGAAGAACUGCCAAACACCGGACAGCAAAUUGUGACUCAAAAAUGUGAAAAGCAGAUUCGACGGAUCCAUCCAGAAUUUACAAGGACCGUAAAUCAAGUGCAAAAUAUUGAGGCAACUAGAAACAGAGAGGGCGACGUGCAUAAUGCAAAAGUGAAUGAAGCUCUCGAAACGGAAAUUGACACAAAAUAUAAUGACAACGACAUCCCAGAAAAUAUAAAUCUUAAAACAAAAGUUGAAGCCAUUGAGCGUUUGGAAAAUAUAAGUCCAAAAGAGACCCACCGACAGACAAGAACAUUAACUGAGAAAACCGUGAAGACACCUGACAAAGCGUUUCGCGAAGUGAACACAGUCAACGAGAAUGAUGUUACUCAUGAUGAAGGAAGGGUUGUCAGGACUACAAAAAAGGUGGUCCGUACGGAAAUCUUGGAAGACAAAGAGCCUAAGGAACGCAUCAUAACCAAUAUAAAGAUACGUCGUGUUUUUGACAAUAAAACUGGAAAAUGUACGGAAACUGUUACAGAUGGCGAUGAAGAUUCGAAUGAAUCUGAAACUCAAAAAAGUCAAAAAUCAACAAAGAUUUCCUUCCGUGACCAACGGCAAUCCGGUGGUGAAUUCAUAGAUACACAGAGCGUGAAGAAAGUCUUUUCCGACACUACCCAGAACAAACCAACCACAAAAUCUAAAUCAGAAUUGCCAUUGCAAUCAAGUUUCAAGAGUUUGCAGAAAUCAACUACCGCUGGACUUUUGGGAAAUUCGCGUGGUUUCCCAUCAAAGACCACAAACUUAACAGAAUGCAUCAAUAUAGAUGUCAUUGAAUGUCAGCCUUCGGAAGAUCCAUCUGACGACUCGAUAUCAGAAUUUAUGAGCAAAAAGUCUUACGAACAAGUCGAAACCCCGCCCACAAAAAUCAGGAGAAAAUCUUCACAAAUGGAAGGUGGUUCACCGUCAAAGCACUGGUCUGAGCCGCAAGCUGAAGAAGAAGGCUGCACCCUGGAAAGACGGCCUGGUGGAACUUCUAUUAGGCAGACUUGCUCCAAAGUCAUGUAUGUGGCUCCUAGGUCGGAAAUUCCUGGCGUGAAAUAUAUUGGAUGCAAACGAAGUGAUAUGUCUAAAUAUCCUGGCUAUAGAUCAAAAGUAAGCAUUGAUAAGCGCUUGAUAAUGGACGCGCAAACGUCAAAAAGAUUCGCUCGUCUAUCGAACCCCUCCCGUUACUCAAGUACUAGAAAAAAUUAUCCUUCCACAAAGGUUAGCGAUCCAAACUUGUCAGAAAAUGAACAAGAAAUUGCCACUUCCUGCUUCCCUUCCUCUGCUGGGGAGCAGGGUGAUCCUCAUUCGCGGCCUGAAACACCGCCUAGCACACAAUACAGCCAAGGAGCUACAGAAACUUCCUCCCCUAAUAAAAUAUCUCAUACAUCUACUCUUAAUAGAGCGUCGAAAGCAGUUUUUCGCGACAGAACUAACUCACUUAACCGCUCAGCAGGUGGUACUUCCAUUGAGAUAGGCUCAGGUAAAAACGAAAACAGUUCUAAGAUUCCUAAAUCUUCAACCUCGGCUAGUGCAAAAAAGCCAGGUGUACCACUUACUGAGAGCAUAGCUGAAAUUAUAAGGAAGUUGAGUGGAAACCGCUCGCCAAAGGAUUUUUUCGUUUCAAUCCUACCUGAAAAGAUUGAAAUGAAGGCGUUUAGAAUUAACGUAAUUGACAAAGAAACGGGCAAUCUUUUAGGGCACUUUUUUGUAGACGAAGAGCAAUUCAAACAGGCCCGCGAUGAGGGAGUCUUUGAUAAUUAUUUGUCACUCUUUGUCUUGAAUUCAUUGGGAUCAUACAGCGACUACGUAAAAAUGAGAACGGGCUUCGAUUCUGGCGCCCUUCACACAAUCCGGUGUUUCACAAAAUGCACUUGCUCUGCACCCUUAGAUUGAAAUACAUAGUAGUCAUCACAACGUUGUCCAGUAUCAGUAAAGAACAUAAUAGUCAUUAAUAUAUACAUGUGU